CAGAGUCAUGUUGUCAGGGGAUAUGUUGGCAAUAAAUCGGCAUCAUUUCCGUUACAGGUAGGAAUCUAUUAUAUUCUGAUACAAUGUUUUGAUGAGCUAAUGUAACAGUAUUUCAUGCUAUUUAUUUACUAGAGGCAAUUGUGCGCGCGUGCAGGUAGCAAAAGGUCACAUGGCAAAUACCCUUUUGGCGCUGGCAAUAUUGAUGACAAUCCCUGAACACUCAAUAAAUAGAGAUGAUAGUGAAUUUUACAUGUAACAAUCAUCAGACAUAUUGUUAUCAGCAGUGAUAAAUGGCGAGAAUAUUCGUUCCAUGAUCGUGCCUGUCGGAUUAUGCACAACACUGUAGUAUGGACGUGUGUGACAUUCGUGCAGAACAUUCGGAUUUUACUCUUGCAGCAAUGCAAUCUCAUCAAUAGGGUCCGUGUGUCAUCCGUUCAUCCUCCUCAUAAUCAAUACCAUCAUGACAUCACCAUUCUCUCAUCCUCCUCAACACAGACGCUACUGUGAUUUGGGUAUUUUACAUUUUUAGUCAUUUAGCAGACGCUCUUAUCCAGAGCGACUUACAGUUAGUGAGGGCAUACAUUUUUCAUACUGUACCAUGGUGGUCAUUAUUUCCCCGAACAGCGUUGUUUGUCAUCCACAUGGACAAGUCCGUCAUAGAUGACGAGCGUAUAGGCAUUUCAAUUAGCUGGGAAUCCUCUGUUUCUGCUGUUUUAUCAGUCAAGAAAGACAGCAGAGAGAUUCUGCAUGAAUGACUGACGUAUUUAGCGUAUAUUCCUCUGACUGACGUCACUAAAGAGGAGCCAGGAGCUUUUAAUAUAAUUAUCUUGAUUAAACCCUGAGGCCAAAACAAUUCAAUCAAAUUAUUUACCUCCUGUUUCAAUUGGUUACAUCAAUCUGUUGCAUGUGAAGUCAUGUAAGUGAAAUCCAAUAGUGUGGGUACUCUAAAUCAAAACCGCUGCCUUCUAUUUAUAGAAAGGUCAAGUCAUGGCAUUUUGAAACAGACCACCAAAUCUCUAAAUCUGGCCCUUUGUAUAGCCUAGAUCAGGGGUAUUCAACUCUUACCCUACGAGGUCCAGAGCCUGCUGGUUUUCUGUUCUACCUGAUAAUUAAUUGCACCCACCUGGUGUCCCAGGUCUAAUCAGUCCCUGAUUAGAAGGGAACAAUGGAAAAAAAGCAGUGGAACUGGCUUUGAGGUCCAGAUUUGAGUUUGAGGGGCCUAGGUGAUUAGCUACCCACCAGUGGAGGCUGCUGAGGGGAGGACGGCUCAUAAUAAAGCCUGGAACGGUUCAAAUGGAAUGGCAUCAAACACAUGGAAACCAUGUAUUUGAUACCAUUCCACCGAUUCUGCUCCAGCCAUUACCACAAGUCCGUCCUCCCCAAUUAAGGUGCCACCAACCUCCUGUGCUACCCACAUUGUGCUUCUCCAGCCCAAUGCUUUGACUAAUGCUCUGUCUGUCUCUUCCACAGGUGCUGGGGUUUGAGGUGGAUUCAAUCAACUCGGUACAGUUCUCCAAUCAUACAGGUACAUAUAAUGUACAGCAGGGUUGGGGUCAAUUCUAUUUAUAUUUCAUUCAAUUCAGGAAGUACACUGAAAUUCCAAUUCUCUUCAAUGAAGAAAAUUUGGAAUUGGAAUUUGGUGUACUUUCUGAAUUGCCUGGAAUUGAAAUGGAAUUUAGAAGUACAAUGUGUAGCUGUCUUGUAUAUUUUUAAACCUUCCUGAUAGGAAAUUAUUUAACAUUUUUGAGAGAACAAUGUCUUUGGUACCGUUACUAUCAUUGCUGAAAGAUCUUGGCAUAUUUUGGGUAUGCUAAUAAUUUUGAUGUACCCUAAAGCUACCUACCUCCUAACAUACCAUUAUAUUUUCACUAUGACUGCAAUCAACCUUUAUCACACGAAACAAAAUCUCUUCCACCUUGAAAGUGGAGCUGUUGAUCAGGCUCACGUCAGGAAACGUGUGAUGAAAAGAUAUGGGUUUUGUGUCAUAUUCCUCAUUGUGUCACGUUAUCAGACAAAUUCUUGGGUGGAACAAAAUGUCACUGGUUGUAAUGUACAAUUUGACCUCUCUUAAGUGGAGGAGAUUAAUUAUCUGUCAGGGCCAGUUCAGGACACAGUCAGUCUCAGGAUUGUAAUUUGCUCUACAUGGGGUCUGACUGGGAGAUAGCCUACACCAGGGUUCUUCAAUUCCGGUCCUGGAGGGCCGAAACACUUCUGUUUUUUAUUUCUACCUGGUAGUUAAUUGCACUCACCUGGUGUCCCAGAUCUGAAUUAGCCCCUGAUUAGAAGGAGAGGAUGAAAAACAGAGAUGUUUCGGCCCUCCAGGACCGGAAUUGAAGAACCCUGGCCUACACGGAGACAGUGCAGGUGGUCUGAGAGAAAUGGAAACGAUGGCAAAACAAGAGGCCGCUGUUGAGCCACACUACAGUAUAGGCUACUGCACUUAGUGACUCUCACUCAUCAUUGACUCUCUCCUACACUCUCUCUCUCACGCACACACCUGCCCUGCUUAUUAUGCCUUUGAGUUACUAAAUUAAAGAACAUGUUUGUGGCCAUCUUCAGUGCCACUGGUGUGUCUUGGGUCGUCCAUUGAGAAGUGUUCCCAACAGGGUUCAAACCUGGGUCUUCUGUGCCCUACAAAACUGUGUUAGCCCACUAAGCCUACACAAAUCGUCAGGUCUCAGACAAGGUUACUCAUGAUGCAAGCGUGGCUUACAUGAACCACCUCCUUUACACUUUACUCCCCUUUGACCUCCUCCUGCGCCUUACAUAAACCCAUCCAGGUUACAGCACCAAUGUGACCAACUGUGGUUUGAACCCGGGUCUCUUGUAUGCCAUAAGACUGUGUUAGCCUGCUUAGUCUCAGGAAAGGUUACUCAUCAACAUGCAAGCAAGGUUCUCUGAACCACCCUUGUUACAGGAGCCCAGUUUUGAAGGGACACCCUGACACAGAGUCAUAGAGACCCGGCUGAGUCCCAUAGCUAUGGGGCCAGAGAUUAGCAGUCAGACUCACAGUAAUCUCUCUCAGAUAUCCAGGGAUUCUCUGAAGACUAUCAGGCUGUGUCCCAAACCAUGGACCCCUAUUUUUUCUUUUGACAAGGCAUUAUAGGGCUCUGGUCAACAGUAGUGCACUAUGUAGGGAAUAGGGCGUCAUUUUUUAUGCAACCUCCAGGCACCGCCAAUCACUGCCCAAUCAUUUCGCUGCCUGUUCACGCCUCAUUGCCACACGAGUCACCGGCCGGUGGCCCCAUGAGCCCAUCACAUCCACCACAGAGGAAAUCAUCAGAGGGACUCCAGCUCUGUUGUGAUAUCAAUAGUGACAGCAGAAUGCAUUGGAUGACGCUAGAGCUAAUGUGUAACAAUUGUGCCAAAUGUUUUGGGGUUGUGGACACAGUUAUAGACUAGUUCAGUAGUUGUACAGGGUCUCCUAAGUGAGGAUGGGAGGGGGCUGUUGGUCUUCGGGCUGAAGGUGAAUUACAUAGUAGACACCAGUGUGUUUGUGUGUGCGCACGUCCGUGUGCGUCUGUGAAAGAAACAUUGCUAAUUGAGAUCACACCACUGUCAGGCUCCUCUCGGUUUCCGUCUCUCACUUCAUCUGUCGCUCCAUCUGGAAAACCACGGAUGCCUGCCAGACCCUGAUGAGCAGCGUGUGUGAGAGGAAGUGAGUGAUUGUGAGGGAGAUUGAAAGAGAGCAGAGGGAAACGUAAACUGUGUGUAUCUGACGUAGGUUUGAGGAAUGACCCUAUCUAUUGCACUGCGUCAGUCAACAUAUGAAUCGGCCAGCCUCGUAUGCCCGCUGGUGUUCUUGCUAAGUGUUCAUUCAUGGACAGAUGUCCUGGAGAGCACAACUGUGUCAAAGAGCCAGCUUGGCUGUGCUGACCUCAUCCACCUGAAUGUGCCAGGUCGCCCUUGCGAAAGAGGUUUUUAACCUCAAAGAUCUUUCCUGGUUAAAUUAAAGUACAAAUUUAUCUAGAAGGGUCUGUACUGUUCAACAAGAGGAGGCAUGGUCCUGCUAUCGUCACCCUUAUUAGAGGUUUCCUCUCUGGGCUUGGGCCCAAGCUGAGGAGGCAUGGUCCUGCUAUCGUCACCCUUAUUAGAGGUUUCCUCUCUGGGCUUGGGGCCAAGCUAAUCCCUGGCCACUCAGCCCUCACCAUGCUAUAUGCUAGUCCCAUAGCCUUCUCUGUCCACUUAUCACACAACUCUGUGUCCUCUCAGCCUCCCCACGCUCCCACAGCUUCUGGGUAAUUGGGUAAACGUCCCCCAUUUGCUUUGAUACAGCGUUCACACCUAACCGACUGCAUACAGUCCAACAGUACAAAUCAGCCGUGUUUAAAUCCGCUUUAAGUUCUGAAGUUUACAUGAUUCCUCUGAGUCAGGGGAAGACUUAGACAACCAGGUGAGGGGAGUUCCUUACUAAUCAGUGACCUUAAUUCAUCAACAAGAGAAGAGCGAAAACCUGCAGACACUCGGCCCUCCGUGGAAGGAGUUUGACACGUGCUCUGAGUGAUUUAAGCUUUACGUUUGUUAUUAAGUUCAGGUUUCAGUUAUUUUGAAUGCACCAAAAAAUAAAGAGUUGGUGCUCUAGGGCAGGGCUGCCCAACCCUCUUCCUGGAGAUCUGCUGUCCUGUAGGUUUUCAGUCCAACCCUAAUUUAGCAUAUCUGAUUCAGCUAGUUAAGGUCUUGUUGAGCAGCUAAUAAGUAGAAUCAGAUGUGUUAAAUUAGGGUUGGACUGGAAACCCAAAGGACGGUAGAUCUCCAGGAAGAGGGUUGGACAGCCCUGCUCUAGGGCAAUUCAGGCGGCUAAUUAAGGACCGUUUUACUGAAGAAUGUGUUUGUUUUCAAUGAUUGCAUUUGCUUUUUGUGUAUUGGUUUAUAUUGAUGUGUAUUUGAUACAAGGCUCAUCUGUAAAAGAGACCUUGGUCUCAGCAUGACUCUCUGUCAAAAUAAAGAUACAAAUAAAAUAGAAAAUACAGAUUUAUUGGGACAUCAUGAUGCCCAAAAAGUGCAUAAUGAUUAAAAGACCCCAUACACAUCGCUCAUGAAUGAUCCAUCUGUUGCCACCUAAAUCAGACUCAUUCCUCGGGUUGUUUUUGUUGUUAGAUGCCAUUCUUAUGUCCCUGCACUGGGUUAAUGGAAAUGUCUUCAUGAAAAGGCUUGGCUCAGACUUAUCCUUUGUAAGCAGUUCCAUUUUGGCUAAGGAUGAGAGAAUGCCACCUCUUUACCACUUCUUAAGGGUGCCCAUUGUUCCAGGUUUUUACUGUUGUUUCUUUCCAGACAGGAACAUGCCAUAUCGAUUGGACCAUUACUGUAUCUACUAACUCAGUAGUAGUUUUCUCAUAAGCACACAAUCACACCCAGUUAAUUGAGUUACUGAAGAUGUGUGGAACAUCAGACAUCAUUUAGAUUCUGGAGCAUCAUAGCAAUGGAGGCCAAAACCCUGCUCCAGUCAUAAGGGUCACUCCGCUCAUCACACAUCAAACAUUACUGCAAUGAGGAUGAUUCAGACUUGAAUUAUGUCAAUAACUUAGGCUAGCUACUGCAGUUUUAUCUCUGGUUGUGUACCAAAUGGCACCCUAUUCCCUAUAGUGGCAAUAGGGCUCUGGUCAAAAGUAGUGCACUAUAUUGGGAAUGGGUACCAUUUGGGAUGUAACAUUUGUCUUUUCCCUUGCCAAAUAGUAUUCUUAUAAGGUUUUAAAGAACAGUCUUUUUGCUGUGUGUGUGUGCAAGUGUCUCUCUGUGUUAGCUUUAGGGGGGCAAAGAGAAGCAGGGCCUGAUGGGUAGAUUCAGCUCAAAACGCAGUGGCGGUUAUCUUCCCAGUGGGGAAGGAUACGCAGCGUCUAUCUCUGUCUCUCUUCACUCUGCACGUGCUGAAGAAAACGUGUGUGUGUGUGCGUGUGUUUGUGUAUGUGUGUGUGUCUUGGAUUGUGACGAGCUGAAAAUGCUCUUCCGAGCAUGCAAUUGCGACAGCAGAAAAUGAUGACGACAGAGCCAGCCCUUAUCACAAAGAUUUCUCUCCUUCCUUUGCUCCCUCCCCCUCUAUCUCACACACAUACACACACACACACACACACAGACGAGCAGCGGCAACUCUUUAUUGCUCUCAGCCCCUCAGGCUUUCUUCUUGCCUGUUACUAGGCAACCAGAACCACACCAUGUGAUCUGCUGGGUGACUCACCUGAAGUGUGACAUCACAACUCCUGCGGCAGCGACACUGGUCUCUGACAAAAUGCUGGUUGCCCCCACAGACCCGCACAUUUGUUUUUUGCAUUUGAGGGAGCUGACGGAACAAACAUUCCCCCUGUCCCAUCCCCCUUCCUGGGAAGCUACCUCACUGUGGCUGGGGGCUUCUCUAGGCCUCCUCUGUGUAGAAAAGACAUCAGCACUGUUAACUGUUGUUUUCAUAAUUUGAACCAUAGAAAUUAAUGAAGAUACUAGCUUAUGUUGUGAACUGUCAGUUGCUCUGAUUCCAUCCUGAUUCUCCACACUUUCCCCAAAGUUGCACUGGGACAGUCCCAUCAUAGAUUUAAAAGCAUUGGUGGAGGGAGUUUUCACAAUUGUUAAAUCCAUUACAGGGGAAGUGUUGCCACUCUGUUGUGGAGAUUGUCAUGUUGUCUCCCUGACCCCUCACCUCUAACCCCUGACCUCUGUUUCUAGGCUACUCCCACUGGAAAGGCCAGGUACUGACCGCUGACGAGCUGCAUGUCCUCUACGAGGGGAUCAAGCUCAACAAUGUCCACCACUACGACUAUGUUCUCACAGGUGAGACGCACACACAGAAAGAAGUGAAGGCUAGCGGUAGCUGUGCUAGCAGACUGUGGAUGGUUGUUAGUUUAUAUCAAGUAUUUAUUUAUGAUUGGUUAGGCUAUCUUGUACACAUUCGCUGCUAAAAGCUGAAUUGCAGUAUACAGACCAAAAAUAAACAAGAAAAAAAGGACAUAACAGUUAGCUAGCUGAAGAAACAUUUUAUAGAGAGCAGCUAGCUAAGUCAAUAGCUUCAAAGAGUGCCUGCUUCUGGUCAAGCCUUCAGACAGAUGUUCUCGUCAGUCCUCAGCUCCCUCUGUAGCUUUACAGGGAGAACACAGGAAGCAGUAGAUGGACAUGAUCCUCAUGAGGUCACCCAGACAGAGAUGGUAUCGGCUGCUGGGUUUACAGAACCUAAUGUCAGUCAGGCUGUCAGAUGUUCGCCACUGUUCUGUGGUAGCCGUCGUGCUCUGCUAGCCCUGGCCCAGAGAGAGAGAGACGGAACAGAAACGCUGGCACUCCCUGAUGGAUUACGUCUCCUCUCCUAUCACCUUGAGAGGGAGAGGAGAAGAGAGAGGGAGAGAGAAAGAGGUAGCAGAAAAUAAGGGAGAGAAGAGGAGAGGAGAGAGUGAAGGUCAUGGUUUUAUUCUCUCCGAGUCCUUGAGAAUCUGUCGAGGUGUGAAAUGUAGCCAAACUGGAAUGUGUUGCUACAUUCUAGUAAGCAGACUAUUGGUUGGUCAGCUCUUUCAGACUGCUAGACAUUUGGAAGUAAUUGUUACGGACACACUAGAGUAGAUACAGUGGGGGAAAAAAGUAUUUAGUCAGCCACCAAUUGUGCAAGUUCUCCCACUUAAAAAGAUGAGAGAGGCCUGUAAUUUUCAUCAUAGGUACACGUCAACUAUGACAGACAAAUUGAUUUUAAAAAAUCCAGAAAAUCACAUUGUAGGAUUUUUAAUGAAUUUAUUUGCAAAUUGAUGGUGGAAAAUAAGUAUUUGGUCACCUACAAACAAGCAAGAUUUCUGGCUCUCACAGACCUGUAACUUCUUCUUUAAGAGGCUCCUCUGUCCUCCACUCGUUACCUGUAUUAAUGGCACCUGUUUGAACUUGUAUCAGUAUAAAAGACACCUGUCCACAACCUCAAACAGUCACACUCCAAACUCCACUAUGGCCAAGACCAAAGAGCUGUCAAAGGACACCAGAAACAAAAUUGUAGACCUGCACCAGGCUGGGAAGACUGAAUCUGCAAUAGGUAAGCAGCUUGGUUUGAAGAAAUCAACUGUGGGAGCAAUUAUUAGGAAAUGGAAGACAUACAAGACCACUGAUAAUCUCCCUCGAUCUGGGGCUCCACGCAAGAUCUCACCCCGUGGGGUCAAAAUGAUCACAAGAACGGUGAGCAAAAAUCCCAGAACCACACGGGGGGACCUAGUGAAUGACCUGCAGAGAGCUGGGACCAAAGUAACAAAGCCUACCAUCAGUAACACACUACGCCGCCAGGGACUCAAAUCCUGCAGUGCCAGACGUGUCCCCCUGCUUAAGCCAGUACAUGUCCAGGCCCGUCUGAAGUUUGCUAGAGUGCAUUUGGAUGAUCCAGAAGAGGAUUGGGAGAAUGUCAUAUGGUCAGAUGAAACCAAAAUAGAACUUUUUGGUAAAAACUCAACUCGUCGUGUUUGGAGGACAAAGAAUGCUGAGUUGCAUCCAAAGAACACCAUACCUACUGUGAAGCAUGGGGGUGGAAACAUCAUGCUUUGGGGAUGUUUUUCUGCAAAGGGACCAGGACGACUGAUCCGUGUAAAGGAAAGAAUGAAUGGGGCCAUGUAUCGUGAGAUUUUGAGUGAAAACCUCCUUCCAUCAGCAAGGGCAUUGAAGAUGAAACGUGGCUGGGUCUUUCAGCAUGACAAUGAUCCCAAACACAUCGCCCGGGCAACGAAGGAGUGGCUUCGUAAGAAGCAUUUCAAGGUCCUGGAGUGGCCUAGCCAGUCUCCAGAUCUCAACCCCAUAGAAAAUCUUUGGAGGGAGUUGAAAGUCCGUGUUGCCCAGCGACAGCCCCAAAACAUCACUGCUCUAGAGGAGAUCUGCAUGGAGGAAUGGGCCAAAAUACCAGCAACAGUGUGUGAAAACCUUGUGAAGACUUACCGAAAACAUUUGACCUGUGUCAUUGCCAACAAAGGGUAUAUAACAAAGUAUUGAGAAACUUUUGUUAUUGACCAAAUACUUAUUUUCCACCAUAAUUUGCAAAUAAAUUCAUUAAAAAUCCUACAAUGUGAUUUUCUGGAGAAAAAAAUUCUAAUUUUGUCUGUCAUAGUUGACGUGUACCUAUGAUGAAAAUUACAGGCCUCUCUCAUCUUUUUAAGUGGGAGAACUUGCACAAUUGGUGGCUGACUAAAUACUUUUUUCCCCCACUGUAUCAUGGAUACAGGAGGUGAGUACAGCUAAAAACAUCAGUUAGGCUACAUACUGUAUAUCACCAACAAUUAAGAGGUUCACCUUGAAUAAACUCUUAGGAGUGACCAACACUAUUAGCGUGUGAGACAGACAGCGUUUGUCAGUUGAAACUUUAUCUGUAAGAAACAUAGCUUACAAAUGGGACUUACAGAUGUAUCUGUGGUCAGAUACAUGGCAUGAAGUACACUGUGUGUAUCAUGGAAUAAGUGGACUUAACCUGAAUAAGUGGAGUUUGAGUUAGGAUCUAGCCAUACCCAUUUACUCCCUAUUCCCAACUCUUCCUGUGGCCCUAAAUCUUCCUAGUUUACAGAUCUGAAAAAUGUCUGAAAUAUACACUAAUACACUGCUCAUGUAGCACAUGGGGAUGUGUGAAACUCACUCCUUAGCCUGAAGUGUACCCACUUGCUCAGCCAAAUAGCUAGCUUUUCUGUGGCACGACUGGUAAGACGCUUCAGGAGGGUGGUCACGUAUUGUUUGCAAGGCAGAGGUCCUGGGUUCGAGCCCUCGGGAUGAGCCAAAUUAGGAGGAAGUGGUAGUCGGUAAGCAAGCAGUGUGACGUUAUUUACACUCAUACCUAUCCAGACCCUUCAGAUCGGCAAACAUCUAGUGUUAGGGGCUAGGAAGGAAAUUGGUGUUGAGACAGUUAGCCCCUGUGUGUUGAAAUCAACAAUGAGGACAUGGGCUUUCCCUCACUGAGAGCCUGGUGGCCGAGCACAAAAGUGAGGCACACACACACACACACACAUACAAGCCUUACAUCAGCAUUCCCAUUGAAUCAUCUCCCUCUCUGUCCUCCUCUCUUCUGGCCCUUAUCUCCUACCUACUGUACGUACAGCCAGCACUGCAGCGUCAGCAGGUCCUGCUCACACACACACACACUGCAGAAAAGCCUCCACCUGCCUCUAUGCAAAUACAAUUAGCUUCUCAGGCAUGUGUCCACUCUGAGAAAGCACUGACACACUUACUGUUACACCAUGAUCCCCUAUCCUCUCAUUAGAGCCCUGGGUGAGGGGUUAGUUUUGUCUGCAGUGUACUGUAUAAAACUUUAUUGAGACAUUGAGGAGUUUGUUUUGACCCAGAAUCUCCCCUCAGGGUACACUCGAGACACUUCCUUUCUGGAGAUGGUUGUGGACAUCGUACAGGAGCUGAAGAGGGCCAAUCCUAACCUUGUGUAUGGUGUGUAUCCCUUGCUAUGUCACCCCUAUGUGUGCGUGUGUGUGUGUGUGUGUGUGUGUGUGUGUGUCUUACACAUCUGUUCAAAUCAACAGGGUGGGGUUCGACCACUGCUGAUCAGAAGUUCAAUAUGCCAGUAUGGGUUAUUGUUAGGGCCAAGAGUUUUUCCUGACCACCUGACCAGACCAGGGAGAACUGGUCUGGAAAAACUCCUGGCCAUAGCUAUUGUAUCAUCAUCUUCAGGUUAGGGUUGGUAGAAGCGUAAGGACACGUAGCAAAGAAAAGAACAGCCGCACACUCUUAUGGCUCCGAAGCAAUACAUUUAAUAUAACCUGCUAUUCGACAGCUAAGCUGCCUUCAUCAGGGUUUCAAGGUAAUGACAAGCUUGGUGUGGAAUAAAGCUUACCGUACGCUUCCCAGUCUAAACAGUUCAUGCAUAUAUUAUGACGUUUGUUUUGGUCUUCCGCAGGUUUUUUUUCGGAUGUUUGUGCACACAAUAUUUUUUCUUGAGGCAAAACGAAGUUCGGUAACCGAAGUCUAUGCCCCUUCGUCGGUGAUUGGUCAACAGUACUACUCCUAGUAGGAGUGGGAACAUGAAGUGUUGUCAUUCAACAAGAGACGACUAGUUCUCAUGAAAAAAAUGUAACAUGAGAAAUACUGCACCAAACAUCUUAGUCAGAUGUAAAAUUGCGUGACUAACACUUCCUCUGCAAAAACGUCAAAAUUAAUGACAUACCUUGAUUUACAGUGCAUUCGGAAACUAUUCAGACCCCUUGACCUUUUCUAAAUUUUGUUACGUUAUAGCCUUAUUCUAAAAUGAAUUAAAUAGUUUUUUUUCUCAUCAAUCUACACACAAUACUCCAUAAUGACAAAGCAAAAACAGGUUUUUAGAAAUGUUUGCAAAUGUAUUAAAAUAAAAAAACUGAAAUCACAUUUACGUAAGUAUUCAGACCAUUUACUCAGUACUUUGUUGAAGCACCUUUGGCAGCGAUUACAGCCUUGAGUCUUCUUGGGUAUGACGCUACAAGCCUGGAACACCUGUAUUUGGGGAGUUUCUCCCAUUCUUCUCUGCAGAUCCUCUCAAGCUCUGUCAGGGUGGAUGGGGAGCGUCACUGCACAGCUAUUUUCAGGUCUCUCCAGAGAUGUUCGAUUGGGUUCAAGUCCGGGCUCUGGCUGGGCCACUCAAGGACAUUCAGAGACUUGUCCCGAAGCCACUCCUGCAUUGUCUUGGCUGUGUGCUUAGGGUCGUUUUCCUGUUGGAAGGUGAACCUUUGCCCCAGUCUGAGGUCCUGAGUGCUCUGGAGCAGGUUUUCAUCAAGGAUCUCUCUGUACUUUGCUCUGUUCAUCUUUCCCUCGAUCCUGACUAGUCUCCCAGUCCCGGCCGCUGAAAAACAUCCCCACAGCAUGAUGCUGCCACCACCAUGCUUCACCGUAGGGAUGGUGCCAGGUUUCCUCCAGACGUGAUGCUUGGCAUUCAGGCCAAAGAGUUCAAUCUUGGUUUCAUCAGACCAGAGAAUCUUGUUUCUCAUGGUCUGAGAGUCCUUUAGGUGCCUUUUGGCAAACUUCAAGUGGGCUGUCAUGUGCCUUUUACUGAGGAGUGGCUUCCAUCUGGCCACUCUACCAUAAAGGCCUGAUUGGUGGAGUGCUGCAGAGAUGGUUGUUCUUCUGGAAGGUUCUCCCAUCUCCACAGAGGAACUCUGGAGUGACCAUUGGGUUCUUGGUCACCUCCCUGACCAAGGCCCUUCUCCCUCGAUUGCUCAGUUUGGCCGGGCGGCCAGCUCUAGGAAGAGUCUUGGUGGUUCCAAACUUCUUCCAUUUAAGAAUGAUGGAGGCCACUGUGUUCUUGGGGACCUUCAAUGCUGCAGAAUUUUUUUUUGUACCCUUCCCCAGAACUGUGCCUCGAUACAAUCCUGUCUCGGAGCUGUACGGACAAUUCCUUCGACCUCAUGGCUUGGUUUUUGCUCUGACAUGCAUUGUCAACUGUGAGACCUUUAUAUAGACAGGUGUGUGCCUUCCCAAAUCAUGUCCAAUCAAUUGAAUUUACCACAGGUUGACUCCAAUCAAGUUGUAGAAACAUCUCAAGGAUGGUCAAUGGAAACAGGAUGCACCUGAGCUCAAUUACGAGUCUCAUAGCAAAGGGUCUGAAUACUUAUGUAAAUAAGGUAUUAUUUUAAAUAAAUUAGCAAACAUUUCUAAAAACUUGUUUUCGCUUUGUCAUUAUGGGGUAUUGUGUGUAGAUUGAUGAGGAUAAAUAUUUAAUUAAUCAAUUUUAGAAUAAGGCUAUAACUUAACAAAAUGUAGAAAAAGGGAAGGGGUCUGAAUACUUUCCGAAUGCACUAUAUUUUAAAUUAAUUCUGCCUAUUUUGAGGAAGAGUAACUGGGUAUGUUGUUGCUAUGGUGGCUCACUAGGGACAAACAACAGUAAUAUUGCUGCUUUUUCCCCCUUUUUUCAAGCAAAUGUCUUUAGGGAGUAUGCGAGCACAGACGUUCGUUUCGCCUAGCCGAGAUAUCCUAGAAGCAAACUGAACAUAUGUAUGCGGAAGCCUUAAGCCCUUACUGCAUUUAGAAAAAGCGCUGACAGGACAGUUGUGUCUAUCAGUGAGUUCCAAGUAAAUAAUUCUCAAUUAAGCUGCUAACUAAGAUUAAAGUUGACAUAAUUUAAUAACGCCCGUGCAUUUCCAUGGAAAUUAGUUGAACAACAUGAAGGAGCAGGAUGAAUAAAACUGCUGUAGCGCAUGUUUACUGUCUGUUCCGAAGGCAGUGUCAUAUUCAUUAGUGCUCAACAUAGCAAAACAUUUUGCAACGGAAAAAAGAAAACAAGCAUUUCUUUGUUCAUGUAGUCCAUCCUCAUUUCAUCCUGUUAUUUUCCGUUUGGUGUUUAGUGAAUACGACCCAGGUGUUUGCUGUAAUUAGCUGACGAUUAACAUAAUCAUAAGACAUCUUGGGUCAGCUUAACAUCGAUAUAGAACAUCUGUAAUGUCUGUGUGAAAUAAUAUAAUAUAAUAUGCCAUUUAGCAGACGCUUUUAUCCAGAGCGACUUACAGUCAUGCGUGCAUACAUUUUUGUGUAUGGGUGGUCCCGGGGUUCGAACCCACUACCCUGGCGUUACAAGCGCCGUGCUCUACUAGCUGAGCUACAGAGGACCACAGUGACAGAUGAAACCUGAGAGAUCUGUGUUAGAGAUUGAGUGUGUUCUCGUUUGCCUUUUCAGUGUGUGACCCUGUGCUAGGGGACCAUGGCUCCAUGGUGAGUACUUUAUGUUUGUCUGCCUGUAUUUUGUAUGUUUUAUUGAACAGAGCAGAAGAGAUCAUGAAAAGUUAAUAGUGGGAAAGAUUGGAAGAGAGUUCAUCAUAGACACUGGGUCGGAUUUGAACCCACACUGACAGUGGUAGGUAUGUAUCCUACACAAUCCAGGCCAUGAGAGUACUGUGCGUUUAAUGAGGGAUCAGAUGGUAGUAGUAAGUGAUGUCACUACUCCUGUCCUGCUCAAUCUCAUUCAAUGGGGCAACACUGACCUUCAGCUUUACCUGACCAAUGAGUUAAGUCUAAGGCUGCAGCCACACUGAGACACAUAAAUGGAAAUCGUUUAUGCAUUCAUCUAUUGUCAGUGUUUGUCUGUCUGGCAAAAGUUAAAUUCAAGUGAACUAUUUUCGGACGAGCUGCAUAUGAAAAAAGGCAUAUUGAGCAUUUUCUUUGAUGGAAAAUCAUAUCCAUUGUCCAUUGACUCCCAUUGAAAAACCACUGGCAAAUUUUUCAGACACAAAAUCGCAAUGUGGCCGCGGCCUUAGACCCCCAUUUUCACUUUCUGCUAUCCCUUGUCCUUUCUCUGUCCGUCUCUCCCUGUGUCUCUCCCUGUCCCUGUCUCUCUAUCUCGCUCCCCCUCUCUUACUGUAAUCUCUUCUUUACGUUUAUGGGCUGAGCAUCAGGGGUCAGUCGACAUGAUGUCAUUGUUGCAUCAAGGUGUGUAUGUGACGUGUGUGUGCGUGUUGAGGAGUGUGGAUUGGGGAAUGAUAGACCACAUCUCAUUUCACCGUGACAGAUGAAAUUAGCAUGAGCUGCCCUCGCUGUUUGUACAGAGAGAAUUAUGCAGAAUAAUUUGCUCGAUUGUGACUCACUGUGCGUGCGUACGUGUUACAGUGUGUGUGUGUGUGUGUGUGCGUACACCAGUAUUUGUGUGUGUGUUUGAUAGGUAGAGAGAGCACAAGGGCAUAUAUGCAUAAUGUGUGUUGAUGUAUAUAGUGACAUUGAGAAAAAUGGUGUGUAAAAUUGUUUGUUUGGACAAGAUGUGGUCAUCAUUCUGAUUCACUCAAUGCAUUCAUCCUUUCCUUGUUAUGCAUCUCAGUAGUCUAAAGUUGCUUCCUUUCCUCGUCCCCUUUCCUUAGUCUGCUCUGAUCUGAGCUAGGCAGCAAUUUCAGCUCGGUGUAGAUAAAGAAGGGCCAACGAGGAGAGGAAGCCACUUCAGACUAUUGAGAUGCACCCUGUGUGUGUGUGUGUGCGUGGCUGCUCACCGGUACUGAUGUGUUUCUUUCUGUCUCCAGUACGUUCCAGAGAACCUGCACCCGGUCUACAAGAACAAGGUGGUGCCAGUGGCCGACAUCAUCACACCCAAUCAGUUUGAAGCAGAGUGAGUAAUAGUGAACCUAUACAGCUGGUGUGUGUGUGUGUGUGUGUGUGUAUUUGAGACAGAGAGUUAAAUCACCACAGGGACUGUAUCGUAUCUGUUACUAUCACUAUCACUAAGCUUCAUCCACAUCCUAAUCAGCUACAUUGAUGUAAUUUUACUCAAUAUCCUAUGAAAUCUUAUACAGAUAUACUAAAGGCCUAUGUAUGGUGUGUAGCGUGUCAGUAAGAUGGCUGCUACACUGAGUGGAUGGUUCUUGAUACCCAGUCACUCCUCUCUGUGUCUGUCUGCUUGUCUUUUUGUCUGUAUUCUUCCAUCAUUUUUCCUGUGUUGGUUUGUGUGUGCUGUGUUGGUUUGUGUGUGUUGUGUUGGUUUGUGUGUGUUGUGUUGGUUUGUGUGUGUUGUGUUGGUUUGUGUGCGCUCCACUGCUUCUCCCCUCCCUCCUUUCAUCCCCACUUCUAAGCCACCUCCUCGCUCAUCACUGCAAUCCCAGUUCUAGUGGUGCACAGGGUCCCUCUGGUGGAUACCCAGGGAAUUACAGAUGAAUAAUAAUAAUAUACAUUGUGUAUGAAGUGUUACCGCAGCAUAAUGAUAGUCUCAGUCGUUUAACUUGGAGAUGAUAGUGUAAAUAUUGCUCACUGUCUCUCACUAUGGCCACUAGAACACUAUAGUAGAACACUAAACAGACUCUUGCUUAGACUGUUUGUUGGUUGCUGUUUACAAUGAAUGUGGCGUUAGUGUCAAGCAGAGGAGGCUGGUGGGAGGAGCUAAAGGAGGAUGGGCUCAUUGUAAUGGCUGGACUAGAUUGAAUGGAACGGAUGUGUUUGAUACCGUUCCAUCAAUUCCAUUCCAGCCAUUACAGUGAGCGCAUCCUUCUAUAGCUCCUCCCACCAGCCUCCUCUGGUGGCAAGGUUAAAUUAGUAUGUGCGUUUGUGUGUGACUUUAUUAAUGUGCCCGUGUUUGUCCUCCAGGCUGCUGACAGGGAAGAACAUUAGCACAGAGAAAGAUGCAGUGGAGGUGAGUCACCAUAGAACAUGCAACAGGUAUAUUAUGUUGUCCUCAAGUCAUGUCGAACUUUGUACAUAAUCCAUGGGCCAUGUUUGAAUACUGAUAAAAUGCAUCCUUCCUUCCUUGAGGUAUUCACUGAUCUGUAAGUAAGCGGAUGGCAUCCACCCAAUUGUUUUCAACAAUCCUACCGUGUCAGAGCUGUGAUUUCCUCAAGGAAAAAAUAAAUGAAGGAUGUAUUUAAAAAUAUAUAUAUAUUUAAGGAGAGUGGAAUUUUACUCUACCAUAUGUUUUUAUGCUUUAUUACACUGAACAAAAAUAUAAACGCAACAUGUAAAGUGUUAUUCCCAUGUUUCAUGAGCUGAAAUAAAAGAUCCCAGAAAUGUUCCAUACGCACAAAAAGCUUAUUUCUCUCAAAUUUUGUGCACAAGUUUGUUUACAUCCCUGUUAGUGAGGAUUUUUCCUUUGCCAAGAUAAUCCAUCCACCUGACAGGUGUGGCAUAUCAAGAAGCUGAUUAAACAGCAUAAUCAUUACACAGGUGCACCAUGUGCUGGGGACAAUAAAAGGCCACUCUAAAAUGUGCAGUUUUGUCACACAACAUAAUGCCACAAAUGUCUCAAGUUUUGAGGGAGCGUGCAAUUGGUAUGCUGACUGCAGGAAUGUCUACCAGAGCUGUUGCCAGAGAAUUGAAUGUUAAUUUCUCUACCUCCAACGUUGUUUUAGAGAAUUUGGAAGUUUGUCCAACCGACCUCACAACCGCAGACUACGUGUAACCACGCCAGCCCACGACCUCCACAUUCGGCUUCUUCACCUGCGGGAUUGUCUGAGACCCCCAGACAGCUGAUAAAACGGGGUUUGCACAACCGAAGAAUUUCUGCACAAACUGUCAGAAACCGCCUCAGGGAAGCUCAUCUGCGUGCUCGUCGUCCUCACCAGGGUCUUGACCUGACUGCAGCUGCAUUUUAUUGAUGGCAAUUUGAAUGCCAUCACCUCAUGUUUCAGCAUGAUAAUGCAAGCUCCAUGUCGCAAUAAUCUGUACACAAUUCCUGAAAGCUGACAAUGUCUCAGUUCUUCCAUGGCCUGCAUUCUCACCAGACAUGUCACCCAUUGAGCAUGUUUGGGAUGCUCUGGAUUGACGUGUACAACAGCGUGUUCCAGUUCCCGCCAAUAUCCAGCAACUUCGCACAGCCAUUGAAAAGGAGUGGGACAACAUUCCACAGGCCACAAUAAACAGCCUGAUCAACACUAUGCAAAGGAGAUGUGUCGCGCUGCAUGAGGCAAAUGGUGGUCACACCAGAUACUGACUGUUUUUCUGAUCCACGCCCCUACCUUUUUUUUAAGGUAUCUGUGACCAACAGAUGCAUAUCUGCAUUCCCAAGAAGGGUGGAGAUGGGGAUUGAAGCCUGUCUCUGCUGGGAGGCAUGGAUAUGUGCUGGGUGGGAGUCGGGUGUUACCCACUCGACCAUGGCUCAGCACGGAAGGGUGCAUUUUUAAAGUAUUUUAUUUUGAAUAGGGACGUGGCACCAUUAGAUGUAGCAGGGAGUUGACCUUUGACCUUUUCCCCCUGGAUGCUGCCUCCUUCCCCAGGUGAUGGACCUGCUCCAUAAGAUGGGUCCUGACACGGUGGUCAUCACCAGCUCUGACCUGCCCUCGCGUCUGGGUGACCGCUUCCUUGUGUCCCUGGGCAGCCAGAGGACGUGUAAGUGUGUGUGUGUGUGUGGUCAAGAGUGGGAUAACUAACAAUGACAAUGACAAAUAUACUAAUUGAUAAAAAACCAUUGUUUUUAUAAAAAAGAAAAGAAAAGGUAUAAUUUUCGUAAAUGAUAUCAUAGGUAGAACUGGUGGAGUUAUGUCGCACAUGCAGCUAACAAAAACAUAUGGAAAUGUCUGCUCUACCCAAAAUUACAACCAAAUAAUUGCAGCAUUACCGCAAAAAUGGAAGAGGAAGGGGGAAAAAGUAAGGAACUUGUCUGUCGGCCCUGAAUUAAAGACCAUCAUUGGUUAAAGAAAAUUGUGAUAAAUAAAAAAGUAUACCAGUUUAAUUUAAGGACCAAAGGAUUAACAACCGUCCCAUAUAGAUUGCAAAAUAGUUGGGAAGAGAUUUGUGACGUACCGAUUCCAUGGCAAAUGGUUUAUGAACUGAUAUGCAAAACGACGCCGGAUUCAAAACUUUAAAUUAUUAAACAAAAUUCUUGCAACCAAUAUAAUGUUAUUUAUAUGGGGGAUACAAUCUUCCCAGCUCUGCAGAUUUUGCUGCGAAGAGACAGAAUCAUUAGAUCACUUGUUUUGGUACUGUCCAUUUGUAGCUUGUUUUUGGUCACAGGUCCAGGAAUGGCUGAAGGAUUGCAAUAUUUACCUGGAGCUAACCAUGAAGAGAGCACUACUGGGUGAUCUGAAAAGUCAUAGUCAAUCGAGCAAUAAUAUAAUAAUGCUUUUAGGGAAAAAAUUAUUUUCAAUUUACAAUCUGUAGAAACAAUGAGAAUAGAAGGGUUCAGAACUUUUGUGAAACAUCACAGUACAGUUGAGAAAUAUAUGGCAAGUAGAAAUCCAAUAUGGAUGGUGUUAAGAGAUAGAUGGGAGGGGUUGAAUGGAGCUGAAGGUUGGGACUAAUAACAAAUAAUAACAUCAAAAUAACUAAUGUAAAAUAUACUGUGUCCAUAAUAAGUAUAUAGGUUGAGAACUUUUGUGAAAGAGCACAGUUUGGGGGAUAUGGCAUGUAGAGGCAAACCGGAUGGACAUCAUGAAAAUGAUCGGAGAGGUUGAGGGGAGAGGAAGUUCAGGAGUAAAAACGAACAAAAUAGAAUUAUUGUAAAAUUGACUGUGUCCAUAAAAUGUACACUACCGUUCAAAGGUUUGGGGUCACUUAGAAAUGACCUUGUUUUCCAUGAAAACAUACAUGAAAUGAGUUUGAAUAGGAAAUAUAGCAAAAUGCAUAGGAAAUGUAGUCAUUGACAAGGUUAGAAAUAAUGAUUUUUAAUUGAAAUAAUAAUUGUGUCCUUCAAACUUUGCUUUCAUCAAAUAAUCCUCCAUUUGCAGCAAUUACAGCCUUGCAGACCUUUGGCAUUCUAGUUGUCAAUUUGUUGAGGUAAUCUGAAGAGAUUUCACCCCAUGCUUCCUGAAGCACCUCCCACAAGUUGGAUUGGCUUGAUGGGCACUUCUUACGUACCAUACGGUCAAGCUGCUCCCACAACAGCUCAAUAGGGUUGAGAUCCUGUGACUGUGCUGGCCACUCCAUUAUAGACAGAAUACCAGCUGACUGCUUCUUCCCUAAAUAACUCUUGCAUAGUUUGGAGCUGUGCUUUGGGUCAUUGACCUGUUGUAGGAGGAAAUUGGCUCCAAUCAAGCGCCGUCCACAGGGUAUGGCAUGGCGUUGCAAAAUGGAGUGAUAGCCUUCCUUCUUCAAGAUCCCUUUUACCCUGUACAAAUCUCCCACUUUACCACCACCAAAGCACCCCCAGACCAUCACAUUGCCUCCACCAUGCUUGACAGAUGGCAUCAAGCACUCCUCCAGCAUCUUUUCAUUUGGUCUGCGUCUCACAAAUGUUCUUCUUUGUGAUCCGAACACCUCAAACUUCGAUUUGUCUGUCCAUAACACUUUUUUCCAAUCUUCCUCUGUCCAGUGUCUGUGUUCUUUUGCCCAUCUUAAUCUUUUCUUUUUAUUGGCCAGUCUGAGAUAUGGCUUUUUCUUUGCAACUCUGCCUAGAAUGUCAGCAUCCCGGAGUCGCCUCUUCACUGUUGACGUUGAGACUGGUUUUGCGGGUACUAUUUAAUGAAACUGCCAGUAGAGGACCUGUGAGGCGUCUGUUUCUCAAACUAGACACUAAUAUAUUUGUCCUCUUGCUCAGUUGUGCACCGGGGCCUCCCACUCCUCUUUCUAUUCUGGUUAGAGCCAUUUUGCGCUGUUCUGUGAAGGGAGUAGGACACAGCGUUGUACGAGAUCUUCAGUUUCUUGGCAAUUUCUCGCAUGGAAUAGCCUUCGUUUCUCAGAACAAGAAUAGACUGACGAAUUUCAGAAGAAAGUUAUUUGUUUCUGGCCAUUUUGAGCCUGUAAUCGAACCCACAACCCACUCCAGAUACUCAACUAGUGUCAAGAAUGCCAGUUUUAUUGCUUCUUUAAUCAGCACAACAGUUUUCAGCAGUGCUAACAUAAUUGCAAAAGGGUUUUCUAAUGAUCAGCCUUUUAAAAUGAUAAACUUGGAUUAGCAAACACAACGUGCCAUUGGAACACAGGACUGAUGGUUGCUGAUAAUGGGCCUCUGUACGCCUAUGUAGAUAUUCCAUUAAAAUUAGCUGUUUCCAGCUACAAUAGCCAUUUACAACAUUAACAAUGUCUGCACUGUAUUUCUGAUAAAUGUGAUGUUAUUUUAAUGGACAAUGUUUUUUUCUAAGUGACCCAAAACUUUCGAACGGUAGUGUAUAUAGUAUGUAUAAGCUGGAAGUAGAGGCCUAAGAAUUGUUGUUCACUAGUUUACUCCAAUUAGGGGAGGGGUGGUGGGGUUGGAAAGUAAUAAUGGAAAAUAUAUUUUUUUAAAGGAUAUGUGUAUGUAUGUGUGUGUGUGUGUGUGUGUGUGUGUAUGUGUAUAUAUAUAUAUAUAUAUACACUGCUCAAAAAAAUAAAGGGAACACUUAAACAACACAUCCUAGAUCUGAAUGAAUGAAAUAAUCUUAUUAAAUACUUUUUUUCUUUACAUAGUUGAAUGUGCUGACAACACAAUGAGGUCUAGAAUUGUCUUGCAUUAGGAGGAAUCCAGGGCCAACCGCACCAGCAUAUGGUCUGAGGAUCUCAUCUCGGUACCUAAUGGCAGUCAGGCUACCUCUGGCGAACACAUGGAGGGCUGUGCGGCCCCCCUAAGAAAUGCCACCCCACACCAUGACUGACCCACCGGCAAACCGGUCAUGCUGGAGGAUGUUGCAGGCAGCAGAACGUUCUCUACGGCGUCUCCAGACUCUGACACGUCUGUCACGUGCUCAGUGUGAACCUGCUUUCAUCUGUGAAGAGCACAGGGCGCCAGUGGCGAAUUUGCCAAUCUUGGUGUUCUCUGGCAAAUGCCAAACGUCCUUAACGGUGUUGGGCUGUAAGCACAACCCCCACCUGUGGACGUCGGGCCCUCAUACCACCCUCAUGGAGUCUGUUUCUGACCGUUUGAGCAGACACAAUGCACAUUUGUGGCCUGCUGGUAGGUCAUUUUGCAGGGCUCUGGCAGUGCUCCUCCUGCUCCUCCUUGCCACAAAGGCGGAGGUAGCGGUCCUGCUGCUGGGUUUUUGCCCUCCUACGGCCUCCUCCACAUCUCCUGAUGUACUGGCCUGUCUCCUGGUAUCGCCUCCAUGCUCUGGACAACUAUGCUGACAGACACAGCAUACCUUCUUGCCAACAGCUCGCAUUGAUGUGCCAUCCUGGAUGAGCUGCACUACCUGAGCCAUUUGUGUGGGUUGUAGACUCCGUCUCAUGCUACCACUAGAGUGAAAGCACCGCCAGCAUUCAAAAGUGACCAAAACAUCAACCAGGCAAGCAUAGGAACUGAGAAGUGUUCUGUGGUCACCACCUGAAGAACCACUUCUUUAUUGGGGGUGUCUUGCUAAUUGCCUAUAAUUUCCACCUGUUUGUCUAUUCCAUUUGCAGAACAGCAUGUGACAUUUAUUGUCAAUCAGUGUUGCUUCCUAAGUGGACAGUUUUGAUUUCACAGAAGUGUGAUUGACUUGGAGUUACAUUGUGUUGUUUAAGUGUUCCCUUUAUUUUUUUUGAGCAGUGUAUAUAUACAGUGGGGAAAAAAAGUAUUUAGUCAGCCACCAAUUGUGCAAGUUCUCCCACUUAAAAAGAUGAGAGAGGCCUGUAAUUUUUCAUCAUAGGUACACGUGAACUAUGACAGACCAAAUGAGAAAAAAAAAUCCGAAAAUCACAUUGUAGGAUUUUUUUAUGAAUUUAUUUGCAAAUUAUGGUGGAAAAUAAGUAUUUGGUCAAUAACAAAAGUUUCUCAAUACUUUGUUAUAUACCCUUUGUUGGCAAUGACACAGGUCAAACGUUUUCUGUAAGUCUUCACAAGGUUUUCACACACUGUUGCUGGUAUUUUGGCCCAUUCCUCCAUGCAGAUCUCCUCUAGAUCAGUGAUGUUUUGGGGCUGUUGCUGGGCAACACGGACUUUCAACUCCCUCCAAAGAUUUUCUAUGGGGUUGAGAUCUGGAGACUGGCUAGGCCACUCCAGGACCUUGAAAUGCUUCUUACGAAGCCACUCCUUCGUUGCCCGGGCGGCGUGUUUGGGAUCAUUGUCAUGCUGAAAGACCCAGCCACGUUUCAUCUUCAAUGCCCUUGCUGAUGGAAGGAGGUUUUCACUCAAAAUCUCACGAUACAUGGCCCCAUUCAUUCUUUCCUUUACACGGAUCAGUCGUCCUGGUCCCUUUGCAGAAAAACAGCCCCAAAGCAUGAUGUUUCCACCCCCAUGCUUCACAGUAGGUAUGGUGUUCUUUGGAUGCAACUCAGCAUUCUUUGUCCUCCAAACACGACAAGUUGAGUUUUUACCAAAAAGUUAUAUUUUGGUUUCAUCUGACCAUAUGACAUUCUCCCAAUCCUCUUCUGGAUCAUCCAAAUGCACUCUAGCAAACUUCAGACGGGCCUGGACAUGUACUGGCUUAAGCAGGGGGACACGUCUGGGUCUGCAGGAUUUGAGUCCCUGGCGGCGUAGUGUGUUACUGAUAGUAGGCUUUGUUACUUUGGUCCCAGCUCUCUGCAGGUCAUUCACUAGGUCCCCCCGUGUGGUUCUGGGAUUUUUGCUCACCGUUCUUGUGAUCAUUUUGACCCCACGGGGUGAGAUAUUGCGUGGAGCCCCAGAUCGAGGGAGAUUAUCAGUGGUCUUGUAUGUCUUCCAUUUCCUAAUAAUUGCUCCCACAGUUGAUUUCUUCAAACCAAGCUGCUUACCUAUUGCAGAUUCAGUCUUCCCAGCCUGGUGCAGGUCUACAAUUUUGUUUCUGGUGUCCUUUGACAGCUCUUUGGUCUUGGCCAUAGUGGAGUUUGGAGUGUGACUGUUUGAGGUUGUGGACAGGUGUCUUUUAUACUGAUAACAAGUUCAAACAGGUGCCAUUAAUACAGGUAACGAGUGGAGGACAGAGGAGCCUCUUAAAGAAGAAGUUACAGGUCUGUGAGAGCCAGAAAUCUUGCUUGUUUGUAGGUGACCAAAUACUUAUUUUCCACCAUAAUUUGCAAAUAAAUUCAUUAAAAAUCCUACAAUGUGAUUUUCUGGAUUAUUUUUUCUCAAUUUGUCUGUCAUAGUUGACGUGUACCUAUGAUGAAAAUUACAGGCCUCUCUCAUCUUUUUAAGUGGGAGAACUUGCACAAUUGGUGGCUGACUAAAUACUUUUUUCCCCCACUGUAUAUAUAUAUAUAUAUAUACACACACACACACAGUACCAGUCCAAAGUUUGGACACAGCUACUCAUUCAAGGGUUUUUCUUAAUUUUUUACUAUUUUCUACAUUGUAGAAUAAUAGUGAAGACAUCAAAACUAUGAAAUAACACAUAUGGAAUCAUGUAGUAACCAAAAAAGUGUUAAACAAAUCAAAAUAUAUUUUAUAUUUGAGAUUCUUCAAAUAGCCACCCUUUGCCUUUGACAGCUUUGCACACUCUUGGCAUUCUCUCAACCAGCUUCAUGAGGUAGUCACCUGGAAUGCAUUUCAAUGAACAGGUGUGCCUUCUUAAAAGUUAAUUUGUGGAAUUUAUUUCCUUCUUAAUGCGUUUGAGCCAUUUUUUGUGACAAAAGAAUAGAAAAGACAAUGAGCAAUUGAUGUAACUGUAAUGGUUUUAUGUCCCAUCUGUGAGUCAUUGGUCAUUGGUGGAACAUUUCCUCUUCUUGCUUCUCCAGUGAUGCCUGAUGGUACCAAGUCCACCCAGCGGGUCCGUAUGGAGAUCCCUAAGGUGGACGCUGUGUUUGUGGGGACAGGGGACCUGUUUGCUGCGAUGCUGCUGGCCUGGACUCACCACUACCCCAACGACCUCAAGGUCUGCAAAGUGCACUAAAGCCAGUUAUGAAACAUAGAGGGCUCAUUUGCCACAAAAGACUGUGAUUGUAAGGUGAAGUUGCCCCUAGACCAGUGGUCACCAACAUUUUCUGAGUCAAGAUCACUUUCUGAGUCACAAUGCAAGCCGAGAUCUACCGCUCAGAUUUAAAAAAGAAACAUAACUUAAAAAACGUAAGCCUAUGCAACAUUUACCAAUUAUAAACAGUUCUGUAGCAAUGAGGUUUGUGCAGUAGGCAAUAGGCCCAAUAUAUUAUCACUAUGCUUGAAUUGCCCUGCCAAAGUUGUUCUUCUCAGACCAUUUUGAUAUUGUUUCAAAAUGUAGGUAUAUGAUAACACUGAUAAUAGAUCAUUUGUUGUAUUCCUUGUGAGGCACAGCUGAGUGAGCAUAAUCAUUUGGUCUUUUGAUUGAUGGCCUGCGUCUGAUGGUCAAUCUGAGUGGAGGGAGGGAGCAGCUUUGAGGCUGCCUCUUACCCGACUCACCGUCCAUCCUCUCUACCUCCCUCCACUCAGAAAAGGGGACAUAGUCUUCCAGCUGAUGGCAAAACUUAAGUCGCACUGCAUUAUUUCUGCCUCAUGCACCAAUUCAUGUUGUUACCUCUAUGACCAGAGAAAGUGAAAUAUUCCUUGAUAUUAAAAAAGACACAAGCCGCAAAUAAUAACAACGUAAGCUUAUCGAAACACUUUGCUAAACUCAUUCAUUGCAGCUGCAGUAAUGGUUGUAGCAUGAGUGGAAGUAGGGAGAGCACGCAUUUUAUGGCUUAUUUUUUCAGUCUAUGGCACGACCAAACUGUGUAGACACGGUGAUCUGAGCUAUGUGAUUGGCUAGCGGUAGACCUAUAGGUGCACUUGAUUUGCUCUCUGGGCCUGCCGGGUAGGCGGAGUUCUACCUUCAGACACAUGAAAUUGUUCAAAAUGGUAACACUUUGCCUUCCCGGCACUAGUGCUGCUGAAUCAAGUGCACCUACCGCCAACAGCAUGAACCAAAAAAUAAUAAAAAAUAGGAACACAAGGCUUUAUCAUUGGGUUCUUUACAGAAAUGUUUGGUAAUCGACUAGGAAUGGCUUGGAGAUCGACCAGUCGAUCGCGAUUGGUGACCACUGCCCUAGAUACUGAUCUUGAGUCAGUUUUGCAUUUCCCCCACUAUGGUUACGAUUGGGGAAGGGGAAGCUGAUCCUAGAUCUAGGGGAAACUUCACCCCGGAGCGUGAUAUUAAUGGCCCUCCAUGGCGCUGCCCAUGCUGUCAGAGAAGCAAUCAAUAGAAUAGAUUGGAGGUGCACCCUCUAGGUUUUAUUGCUCUCUCUUUUAUAGCUAAAGCUCACCACUGAUACUGUCAGCAUCAUACUUAUAAUGAUAGUGAUAUCAAUCAGUCAGCUACGUUCCCACCAUUCAAACUUCCCCCAAAAAUUCUCAAGGUAAGGUCAAACUUGAUAGUUGUGGUAUGCUGGUACUCUUACCAAGAUUACAAGAGUUGUCUGGACCACUGAAGGGGUGCUCAGUCCUACGAUUUAAAAACUGCAAUUGUAAAAGAAGGCUCAGGAUGGCAGCUUAAUUUCCUUUAAAGUUUCAACAUGCUUUCAACAUGCUUUGACAAACAAGUCUCUCUCUGUCUUUCUCUCUCUCUCUGUUAGACUGCAUGUGAGAAGACUUUCUCAGUCAUGCAUCACGUUAUCAAGAGGACCAUCUCCUAUGCUCACGGUAAGACAAAGUCAAGCAUCAUUUUACUCACUGUAAGAAGUGUUUGUGUGUUUAUGCGCUUGUGUUUGAGAUGCUUGAACGCUCAUUUGCUCCUUCUGUCUUUGUUUUUGUCUUUCUCUGGGUGAUUCUCUCUCCUCUUUUUGCCCCCUCCAUCUUUCUCUCUCUAUCUCCCUCUCUUUCUCCCUCUCUUUCUCUCUCAGAGUUAGCAGGGCCUGGCCGAAAACCCAGCCCGCCUCAACUGGAGCUGAGAAUGGUUCAGAGCAAAGCGGACAUUGAGGACCCCGCCAUCGUGAUGGAGGCUACUGUCCUAACCCUAUAGAGCCCACACCCCCCCAUCUCCCACCACCCCCUCCCGCGCCACAACCGCACAAUGUAUAGGUGUUGUACAUUUUGAUCUGUAAUGUGACAUUGCCUUAGAAAUCUCUUACAGAGCACAACAUUUCCAUAUGAGGAGACUUAGCAGGGUAUGGAUGGACAGACGGGGGGGGUGAGUGGAGGAGGGGAAGAACUGAGUGGGCC